AUGUCAUUAGUUCAAUCGAACCCAAACACUCCUAGAAAGCAGCACCUUCAACCUCAAAUUAAUGUACGUGGCAGAGGGGUCUUGAGUGCUACUUCACCUAAUAAGAUCAAUGUUGCUCCACCACCAUCUUCACCUUUCCACUCGGUCAAGCUUAAACCAGUUCCAUCACCGUUGAAACCAAAGUCAAUUCCCCAACCUCAACCUCAAUUGGCGCCUAGUCCAACUAAGAAAGGUGCAAACACUACACCACUUACGUUGUCACCACUUAAGCUGACCUCGACUAACACUUCUUCGCAUACCCCAAUCAAGCUUCAAAGUAGACAUAACCAGACAGUCACUGUUACCACCCCUUCAACUGGUUCCUCGAGUAGCACGGAAAGUGACCACAAUGCAGCAUUAGAUUUUCAACAACAACGUGCCAAAUUAUUGAACCAAUACAGUACAAAACAAGCCCAAAUCAAAAAUUACCAACAAAAGUUAAGUCUCAAACAGUUGCAAUUACUCGAUAUAGAAUCUCAAUUACAAGAACUUAAUAGGUCGCAACUCCUUCUAUCUCAAUCAUCAUCAUCGCCCCAACGCAAACCUCAUGGCCAUCAUGAUAUAUAUAACCAAGCAUCAUUGGAAACAGAACGACAAUUAAACCAACUCAAGAUUGUUGAUUUAGAUAAAACACCCAUUCCUUUGAAAAACACCACGCCUUUGAAACAUACAUUAUUGAAACAAACGUCAUUCAUUACGUCAGCUAUAGAUGAGUGCUGUACCACAAUGGGUAAAAAGGCAUCAAUGAUGUUUACCAACAACAACAACAACAUUAAUUGUGAUUCUACUGACGAUUCUGGCAAUAUCUUCUUUAAUAAAAAUCAAUUCAAAUCUGAUAAAUUUGAGCUGUUAACUAAACAAACAAGUCAAUUCUUUAAUGAUUUACUAUUAGUCAAGGAUAACAAAAAGAAUAACAAAACUGCAGCUAAUAGUGAGGAGGAGGAGGAGGAGGAGGAGGAGGAGGAGGAGCAACAAAAUGGACAUGACUCAUUCAAUAUUGAUAGUCUUGGAGUUGAUAUCGUUUAUGAACAAGUUGAUAUUGAUGAUUACGAUUCCUCAUUUGAUUAA